AUGAAGGUGGAAGUCUUUGACUUGAAACUGAUCAAGGAAGAUGAGAGGCCGUAUAUUGGUGGGGAUGACAUCAAGGUAAGUGGAUUUGACCGGGUUAUCAAUAAUUAAUUUUGGUUUCGGGGGGAGCGUUAUUCAUCAUGACAAUGCUUCAGAAAAAUAUGACUUAUUUUUUUUUUUAAAAUUUUUUCUUGUAUCAUCUAGACCCCCUUGAAAAAAAUGUCGAAUAUCUAGGCCGGACCUGCAAAGUCACGCUAAAAUUUUCUGUAUCUUUUACAUUAUAGUAAUAUGAUUUGUGCAUAUCCUUCUUAAAAAAUGUGAAGAUAAUAUUUAUGAAGCACUUCAUUUUUUUAUUCAUCAAGACGAUGAUGACUUAUUUGGAAAUAAAUACCUGGAAGUUGUCGAAAAUGGAAGAAAGACUAUCACAGUUCUUUCUUACAUAAAUCUCAUAAAAGCAUCGAUGAUCAGUUAUAAACGCCUUAGUUUCCAGGGUCAGAUCAUAAUCCAGGUCCGAGAGCCAGUCCAAAUCACCCGUCUAACUCUCCGACUUCAAGGCGAAUCACAGACCGCCUGGAUCGACAAGUACAGUGAGAUCAUGUACAAGAGCAAGGAAUACGUCCUCAAUGAGUACAUCGAUUUGACCAGUGAACUUCAACGGCAUUGUACCGAGUCUAUGCUGUUCCAUGAGGGUAAACAUGUAAUGAACUUUCGAACCAAACUCCCUUUGGAUGUGAUCUCGUCCUUGGAACGAGACAACUUGGGCUAUGUCAAGUAUGCUUGUGUCGCUGUGUUGGACAUCCCUGAGGGCGGAGACAGCGAGUUGGUUGCGGGUGAGAACUGUUUUAUCUAAUUUUUGUAUUAUCCGUGAUAUUAAGUCAUCAUUUAAAGUUGUUUUUGGUUGUUUUAUGGCAGUGUGGAUUUCAGAAUGUGAUUUCCGAGUGGUGUCAUUCCUGAAUCUGGACGCGCCCUAUCUGCGGGAAUCAGCAUCGGACGAGGAGCGAGUCCAUCUCAUCGGAUAUUGUUGUCGGAAACCCAAAGGAUUUAUUCGAGCCAAGAUGGAAGUAGGUCCAUGUUUUGAGAUCAUAGAGCAAGAUACAUGUGUUGUUGGUCAUUCUGAGGAUGUUAUGGACAUUAAAAAAAAGAAAGAUCAUUCCUACAUCAAAAAAAUAGAUAUUUUUAGACAAAAAACCAUAAUUUUCAUAUUUUUUAUGUAAUGUAUAUUUCAGGUCACGGAAACUGGUAUAUUGCCUGGGGAGACCGUUAGGUUGAAUGUAACAUUCGAGAAUACGAUCAAAAAGAGGAAACGGAAGAAAACACCAAAAUGCGCACUAAUUUCAUUAUGUCAGCAGCUCGAUUUCCGGGCCGAAUCCACCUUGGAGAGGGGCCGAAUGGGCGAAAGAUCGAUCACAAUUGCUUUGAAAAGUCAGGUAAGUAAAAAUUUAUUCAAGCUUUUUUAGCCGGCCUAAUAUAUAUUUCGAUUUCCAACUUUUCUCAUCGUUUCAGGGCGCCUGUAAAUCAGUCCCCGGCAAAGGUCCGGAAGAUCGCCAAAUCGACUUUGACGUCCCCGACCACCUUCCGCCGACCUCUAUCAAGGCCCAUGGACUCGUUACCGUCUCCUACUUUUUUCGACUGGACAUGGAACACUUUGAUGUGAUCGUGCCGGUGGUAAUCGGCUCGGUCAAGACAAUAGGCUCACAAAUCUUUCAUUGA